UUCCCAGCGCCGCGUGCCGCUCGAACGCUGAGCAAGGCCUCAUUGUGACGCCUCAAUGGUUGCCCCUUUGCGAGCGCCUCCGCGCGGCGGGCUCGGCUGAGGGCAAAGGCCGCGGCGGGCGCUGCAGAAAAUGGGGUUCUGCAAGGCCGAGGGCACGGGGAAGCUCGUCCUCCGGGUGGGCCUGCUCCUGACGCUGCUGGCCAGCGAGCCCGCGGGCGCCUUCAACGACACCAUCUCGGUCGACGUGGCCUUGUCGGAGCCGCUGCUGCAUCUGGAGGAAUCGGAAGCAAAUCUGACACAACCCAAGGAAGUAGAAUUUGGAGAAUGCACGGUUACAUGUGGUAUUGGCAUUCGAGAAGUUAUAUUAACCAAUGGAUGCCCUGGAGGUGAAACUAAGUGUAUUGUUCGUGUUGAAGAGUGCAGAGGACCAGCAGAUUGUGGAUGGGGUAAACCAAUUUCUGAAAGUCUUGCUAGUGUGAAGAUACCGUGUAUUUUUGUACCUCCAGAAAAUCGAUUUCAAUACAUUUGGAAAAUGUUGAUUCCAGACCAGCAAUCACUCAUUCUUCCUAAUGAUUCAGCUAUUCUGGAGGUACACAGAGAUACCCACCCCGUUGCGUUUGAGUGCGAUACAAUAGAAAACGAUGAAUUGAUUGCAUCUGUAAAAUAUACAGUGUACACAACAGCUGAGUUGGAAACAAGAAGGUUGAAGAAGCCGAAUACAGAUAUAGUUUUGGUGUUUGUCCUCAUAACUGGAGUUAUUGUUUGUGUUGGCGUGGUCUUCGCAAUAAUCUUCAUCAUCCUUAAUUGGGCUGCUGUCAAAAUGUUCUGGCAAACAAAAGUUUGGCGAAGCAGAGAGGAGCCAAGCUCCAGUUCAUUGAGGACGUCAUCGGGACAGUUCACCGCAGUAGACCAGAUGUCGCAACUAGACAACAAUGCAGGGGAACCGGUUUCUACUUACCAGGAGUGGACUGGACCAACAAGAGUCAGCGAAGGGGGCGGGGGAGGAGGAGAAGGAGGAGAUGCAGACAAGGGGAAUUACUAGAAAAGAGAGAUUAUUUUAUAAAAGGGAGAGAUUAAAGUAUGCUCGAUAUAUUAAGAGUACCAGGUCUGAGAAGUGCUUUUUGCCGCUCUGAUUAAGCUUGGUUGUGAACAUUGAGACAGUAGUGGGAAACAGCAUCAACCAGACUUAAGGACUGAUUUCUGCUGUCAAGAUUAGUCUGGUUCAUCAGGAGCCUCUGCCUUUCUGUGCUGUUGAAAAGCCAAAGUGAGAUGUUUUCACAUACCCAAACUUGCACAAUAAAAUACAUUGGCACUCCAGUUCUUAAUAUCUAUGCUGGUGUAUCUGUCUGUGACAUAGUUCAUGCUUUGUGAGAUGGUGAAAGUGGAAUUAGGCUAGAGCUCCAAACCCUGAUCCACACUGGUAGAGGGGGUUAAGAUCCAGAAGACAUCUCCACCUGCUGGUCUUGAAAUUAUGGUGCAAGCAAUGCUCUGAGAUGGGGUCCCUGUGCUGUGCCAUCCUGGUUGGGGGGGGAGCAGGGUUUCAGAGGGCUCCACCAUUUCUUACUGCCCCCGUUGCUUCCUGGCCAAGACUUAAGAUCACUCUGUUAUUGACUGAUACUCCAAUAAAUUUCAUGCUGGCACAGGUGCAUGGCAGACCAUAAUCAAGCACAGGUCUUUGCACCUUUUAAGCCCAUUAAAAUCAAUGGGUCUAAAUUUCAUAUAUAUUUACAAUUUUCAGUUAUACAUUUUCCACAAUAAAAUAUCCAAUAAGAUAGUACAUUCAUUGACUUCUCCUCCUUCCAUUGUUCUUUUAAUUUUCCCAUUAUUCCUUCAUAUUCUAUUCCAACCAUCUAAUUCCCCCCCUUUACAUAUUACUUCUACUUACUGUCAGUCAGGCAUUCCCAUACUCAGCCCUCCAGCUGUUUUGGGACUACAAUUCCCAUCAUCCCUGACCACUGGUCCUGUUAGCUAGGGAUGAUGGGAGUUGUAGUCCCAAAACAUCUGGAGGGCCAAGUUUGGGGGUGCCUGCUGUAGAUUAUACUGUUGAAUUUACCUUAAUCCUGCUAACUUUUUUACACACACUUGUUUACAGUUAUUUUCCAGAUACUCCACAAAUAUUUUCCAUUUCUCUAUGAACUCUAUCUUCUUGUUCUCUUAUUCUGCUUUAGACCUGCUAACUGCAUACUCCAUCCUUUUAAGAUGCCAUUCCUCCUUUGGGACCUUUCCCACCCUCCAUUUUUGGGCUAACAAAAUCCUAGCUGCUGUAGUUGAAUACAUACUUUUUCUGGCCCCUGGGAACUUCUGUCUGCACUAUUCCUAGAAGAAAUGUCUCUGGGGUUUUUUUUUGGGGGGGGGGAAUGUUCUUUUAAACAAUUUUUUCAUCUCAUUCUAAAUCAUUUCCCAAUAAUCCUUAACUAUUCUUCAUGUCCACCACAUAUGAUAAAACAUUCCUUCUGCUUCUUUAUAUUUCCAACACAUACCUAAUUCAGAUUUGUACAUAUUUGCUAAUUCACUCGGCGUUGGGUACCAUCUAUAUAUCAUUUUCAUGUGAUUUCCCUUCACAAUGGGUCUAAAUUUCAGUUGGAAUACAGCACUGACGUUUAGCAGCCUACACAAAGUACAUUUCAUAUCAUGUCACUUGUCCUGUCAUCAACCUUCCUUACUUUCCUGAAAUGUUAAAACCUCAGGGAAGUCUGAGUACCAUAACUUUAGUUACUGCAGAAGAGGGAGCAAUGUUACACGUUUGCAAAUUGAGACAAAAAAGAUUUGUGCUUGAAAAUGACUGUGUAGGGGAAAGGAAAUAAACCUUGUAUUCUCAAUUUCCUUUAAUAAAUUCCCUUUUCUGGCACCACAUUUUUAUAGAUCAAGUUGAGCCCCAUUUUGAAUUCAUGGCUGCAGAACUGUUAAAUAGUAAAAAUAUAUCACAUAUUUUCAGUUUUAUAGAAAGCAAAACUUCCGGGGGGAGGGAGGGAGAGAAUAGGCUGUUGAAAGUAGCAACCGCUGACAUUUAAUGGGGACUCAGAGUAGCUCCAGCAUUAACAGCUGUGCUGGAAAUUUUAUAAAAGAGUUUAUGCCAAAUACACAAAAGUAUAGACAGAACUGGUUUUCAAUAACCAGAAAGCUCAUUAUUAAACAUUUGUUCAUUUUUUAAAAAGGGAGCUCAUCGAAGGAAAAACACAUAAGGUUUAUUUCCAAAGUUCAGAUAUUUGUGCAGAUGUUCUAAUUGCACCCCCUGCGUCUCUUUAAAAGAGCUUAUCAACAUUUUUCAUAAUUGUAUGUUUUUGGUUUCUUUUUAAAGAAAAAAAGAAAAGAAAAAUGAACACUAACCAUUACUUCUCAUAGAACUCUGCAUUUAAAACUGGCAACUAUUUGAAUCACUGAGAUGGGCAAUGCUUUAUUGUGUUAUUGCGGAAAAGCAUCCUAAAAUCUAAAGAGAAAAUGUAGAUAAGAAAGCAGCCCAGAAUACAAUGGUGGCAGCGCUGUCCGCUGCUCCAUUAGUCAAGGCCAAAGCUUUUUAUUUCACUUGCUGUUCAAUGUCAAUGCAACUUUCUAUAAUAUUUUAUCUUGUUAAAUGUUUGUGGUUGAAGGAGAACUGUGCACUAAAAGAAAUAAUUAAAAUGGCAAAUAUACAAAUUAUGAAUCCAUUUUGUACAAAUUUCCUGAUAUUAAUAGGCUGCUGAACUUUGUAUUUGCAAACUCUGACAAAUGUACAGAAGGUCAUCGUAACUUUUGAAAAGGGAAAUGAAGGACGGGGGUGGGUGGGCUGAUGGGGCUUGUAGCCCAAAAUAUCUAAAGGGCCCAAGAUUGUAGAAGGGUGUUUUAUGCCAACACACACACCCCUCCACAAAAAACAAACAAAAAACAAAAAACUUUAAUAGAAAUAGCAUAUGUUUUGUUUUGCUUUUUAAGAACUGCUAACGAUUCAAAAGCAGAAAACACCCCUCAGAUUCUUGUUGGGAAAUCCCACAGUUUGUAAAUGUGUGUAUAUGGAUGAUUAUACACCACCUGAUGGAAACACACAUAGAACACACCUUAUCUUUUUUCUUAUUAAAAUACUUAUAAAUAUACUUCACCUAUACAGAUACCAGGGCAGGUAAAACAUAUGUUUUUUGGUUUUUUUAACAAACCAUAUAUAUACUAGGCCAGGGGUGCUUUACUGUUUUGAUCCAAUUCUGACGGAAUAAAGCACUUGAACAAUGAAGCCAGUGCGCUAUGUCUAUAGCAUGCUACUAUGGGAAAACCCCAGUUUAGCCAUUCUCCAUUUCCCUUGUCAAACAAUUAUACUUACCAGGAUCAGGGCCAGACAUAUCAUGAGGCAGGGUGAGGCUGCCAUACCAACAGCUCAUAAGGGAACCAAUUAAGUUGUUGUUUGUUUGUUUGUUUGUUAUAAUGCAACAGGGGCUUGUGGGAUUUUCACCUCACCUUGACCCAAGAUGCUAUUCAUUUUGUCCGAAAACGGGGUAACCUCAGCCAACAAAAUACCUUGGGCUAGCCCAACUGCAGCCCACCUGCCCUGCAUUGACCCACCUGUGUAAUCUUAUCUGGAUUGACAUAAUCUUACUGGGGCUGACAAGGUUAUAAGGGCAACUGUGCAGACCCUGUGGUCUGUAUAACAGCCUUCCAGAUAAGGAUAUAAUCUUGCCAGUUGUGAAUUACAGACCCCAUCUGAACUUGAACAUAUCAGUGAAGAUUUUUGAUCAUUCCCUGUUUCUUGGGAGGGAGGAAGUGGGACAAUCUUUUUGAAAUUCACAGCUUGUCUGUAUACGAUCUGCUCUCUUUCUCAGGAAAUUGAGGAAAUAUUAAAAUAUUUUUAAGUUCAUAAUGUAUGAGCCAGUUUCACUAAAAGUGUGAUCUAAUGGCAUAAGUGAUGGAAAUAAUUUUUUCCUUGACAGUUUUUAUGCAUUCCUAGCUUAAAAUGAAAUCUUAAUGAUGAAUCUGAAAGAUUUUCAUUAUAUUUUAUUACUUCAUUUAGUCAAAGACAUUUAACAAAAUACUAAGGAAUAACCGGGGGAGGGGUGUUCCCCUGUGGUGCCUUGCGCCAUUGAUUUCUUUCCAAAAAGACAGUUUUAAAAACCACAUGCUCCAUAAAAUGGAAGAAAAGUUACAGUUGAAAGCAGAUCUCAUUUUGUAUUAUUAGUGGUGAUAUUUUCUCCAGUGUGAUUAAGAUUCAGGGAGCAUUUCCUUUGUAAAUCAAGGAAUAGUUUCAGCUAAAUGUUUAAUGAAAUUUGCAGUAUUCUGUGUUGCUUGUGCAAUUAAUUAGUGCUAUGAAUAAUAGGAAGUCAGAAUCUCACUUACUUAAAAAUAAAAUCUAGAUUUCCAGAAUAACUGACAAUUGUUGCAUUUGCUUUUCUGUAAUAGUGAAAUUGUAG